GUGGUAGCAGUUUCAUAUUGCGUGGUGCUUAUCUCUGCGUUAGUUCGGUAACGUAAUGAAAUCAAGUUCGCCAUCGUGUUGUUAACCAUUUAAUUAAAUACAAUUAAACAAUAAAUAAACUUCAGUUCUCCAUAAAAGUUUCUACCCAUAAAUAAAAGCUUUUUACAACUUAAAAGCUAUUCUGAAUAGUAUCUAGUAAUGUAAUGAAACGUAAGUGCAAAUCUAUGCAAAAAUCAUUCGAAGCGUGCGUCGUCUGAGUGCUUGAUUUGGAGCUCACAUUGGACUUUGUCAAUUUGUGAACAAUGAGUGACGAGUUCCAGUACAGUAAUUUUUGUCCGAGUGAUGAAGAAAUUACUGAUCGUGUCGACGGAAGCGAUGAGGUCGAUGAGGACCAUGCGUGGGGAUACUGUUGCUCGCCCCAGCCAGCUACGAACGAUGCUGCCCCACCCAAAAAGAAGCCCACGCCACGUAAAACUCUAGAAUUAAUUACUAAGGAAAGGAAACAACUAGAGAAAGAUUUAGCAGCUCACAAGAAGUCAUUGGAGCAGACGAAAAAAAAAAUCGAUACAACCAAGAAGAAGUUGCAAGCCAUUAAGAAAAGAGAAACAAUACAAAAGAAUAAAAUAUUGGCCCAAAACAAAAAACUUAAGGCCCAAAAUAAGAAGACUCCUAUAAAAGGACAGAGAGCAGUGAUGGUGAAGAAAAGGAUUGUCGAGGAGAAAUUUUAUUUGUAAUAUUUUCAGUAAGACUAGAACGUACAGUAGUACAUUCUUUGAAAACGUUUUCUAUAUAUUAUCUGUGCAGCAAUCCCGCCGACAACAUUAUUUGAGCGCGCGCAUUUUUAUACUGUGCAUAAUUUCUGAGCGCGCGUAAUUGCAUUCGUCACUUUAUUAUAAUAUUUUUGACAAAGUUUUCCUGUUUUAUCAUCGUUUUAUUAAUUAAGCAUCCAGUAUUGUAAUAA